GCGAUGUCUGCUGGGUAAUCCGAAUGCCCGGCUGCGGGAGGAGCUGGGCUGGAGUCGCUGUCUGAGGAGCCAGCCAGCGGGACCCGACCCUGCCGGGCCGCACCGGGACCCAGCCGCACACCCAGCCCAUCCCGCAAUGGAGCGGCGGGACCCCCGGGGAGCCGCCGUCGCCAUCUCCCCCAGCCUGUGACCCGCUCCCGGAGCUCCCCCGCCCCUCCGGGUCCUGCCUUCCCUCCGCCCGGGGCCCCCAUCUCGGGGCCCGAGCCCGCUCCUCGGGCCUGGUCUUUGUGCCCGGCUCCGGGCCCUGCCCUCCCCGCCCCCAUCCCCCGGGUCCGGGCCGCGCCUCGGCCCCCUUCUCCUGCUGGCUGUCGCUGACUCAGUGGCGGCUCCUCCGUCCCCUUUGGGCCUCCUCGUCUCCCGCCCGACGGGCCGGCGGCGGCAGCCGGGAAAUGGUCCGGGCCUAGCGGAGCAGCGAACGGAGGGAACCUAAAAACAAGAGCAAAGCUGAGGUCUAACUACGAUAGAGGAUGGACACCAAAGAAGCUGUGUUGGGGACAAAAACAAAGCAAAAUAAGCAACAUGAACCGUGAAGACCGGAAUGUGCUGCGUAUGAAAGAAAGGGAAAGGCGAAAUCAAGAAAUUCAACAGGGCGAAGAAGUCUUUCCACCUAACUCUCCUCUCUUUGCUGAACCAUAUAAAGUUACCAGCAAAGAAGAUCAACUGUCUAACCGUAUUCAGAGCAUGCUUGGAAAUUAUGAUGAAAUGAAGGAUCUUAUAGGAGACAGAUCUCUACAAAAGCUUGUUGGUAUUCCCAAACCAACAGUACCAUCAACGCCAGAUGAAAAAUCAAACCAAAGUUUCUUUGGUGAACAGAGACACAGUACCAGCUCUCAUCAGAGCAGCAAAUGGACUCCUGUAGGACCAGCACCUAGCACUUCCUCCCAAUCGCAGAAACGGUCCUCAGGUUUACAAACUGGACACAGUAGUCAGCGGAGCAGUGGCAAUAACACUAGCAGCAGUGGCCAGAGGCAUGACCGUGACUCAUAUGGUGGUAGUAGCAGUAGCCGCAAAAAAAGCCAGCACGGAUCAGAACAUUCCAAAUCCCGUUCUUCCAGCCCUGGAAAACCACCUGCUGUUUCUUCAUUGAGCUCCAGCCAUUCCAGGUCUCAUGGAAGUGAUCAUCAUAGCAAGGAACAUCAGCGCUCAAAAUCUCCACGGGAUCCUGAUGCCAACUGGGACUCACCUUCCCGUGUACCUUCAUUUUCAAGUGGACAGCACUCUAACCAGUCUUUUCCUCCUUCACUAAUGUCCAAGUCCAGUUCAAUGUUGCAGAAGCCUACUGCCUAUGUAAGGCCCAUGGAUGGACAGGAGUCUAUGGAACCAAAGUUGUCCUCUGAACACUACAGUAGUCAAACUCAUAGCAACAGCAUGAGUGAGCUGAAGCCUAGCAGCAAAGCACAUCUAACCAAGCUUAAAAUACCUUCUCAACCACUAGAUGCAUCAGCAUCUGGUGACGUGACCUGUGUGGAUGAAAUUCUAAAAGAGAUGACCCACUCUUGGCCUCCCCCUCUGACUGCUAUUCAUACACCAUGCAAAACAGAGCCAUCGAAAUUUCCUUUUCCAACUAAGGAGUCUCAACAGUCCACUUUUGGCACUGGAGAGCAGAAAAGAUAUAAUCCCUCAUCAAAAACGUCUAAUGGCCAUCAAUCGAAAUCAUGUGAAUCAAACCAAACAGAUAUGUUGAAAGAUGACUUAAAACUCAGCAGCAGUGAAGACAGUGAUGGUGAACAGGAUUCUGAUAAGAUAGUGCCAAGGAGUACACCUGGAAGCAAUUCUGAACCUUCACAGCAUAAUAGUGAAGGAGCAGAUAAUUCCAGGGAUGACUCAAGCAGCCAUAGUGGAUCUGAAAGUAGUUCUGGAUCUGACUCUGAAAGUGAAAGUAGUUCCAGUGACAGUGAGGCUAAUGAGCCAUCCCAGAGUGCAUCUCCAGAGCCUGAGCCACCACCAACAAACAAAUGGCAACUUGACAACUGGUUGAACAAAGUGAAUCCGCAUAAAGUGUCACCAGCGUCUUCUGUGGACAGUAAUAUCCCAUCUUCACAAGGCUACAAAAAAGAUGGCCGAGAUCAGAGUUCUGGGAAUGGGUAUAUGGAUCAAAGUGGGUCUAAAGAAUCCAUUUCCUCCACUCCUGGGCGAGAUUCCAAAACCACCCAAAAAGGAUCGGAAAGCAGUCGUGGCAGGCAGAAGUCACCUGCACAGAGUGAUAGCACAACACAGAGGAGGACUGUUGGUAAAAAGCAGCCCAAGAAGGCAGACAAGACCGCUAUUGAAGAGCCCAGAGGAGGGCUUAAAAUAGAAAGCGAAACCCCUGUAGACAUUGCAACAAAUAUGCCCUCAAACAGGCAUAAGGCAGCCACAAAGGGCUCUAGAAAACCCAACAUAAAGAAGGAGCCCAAAUCUUCCCCUCGGCCUACAGCAGAGAAAAAGAAAUAUAAGGCUUCAAGCAAACCUUCCCAGAAAUCUAGGGAAUUCAUAGAAACAGAUACCUCAUCCUCUGAUUCUGAUGAAAACGAGAGCCUGCCUCCUUCAUCACAAACCCCCAAAUACUCUGAGAGCAAUAGGACUCCUGUUAAGUCUUCCAUGGAGGAGGAUGACAGCUUUUUUCGGCAAAGAAUGUUCUCUCCUAUGGAAGAGAAGGAACUUCUUUCACCACUCAGUGAUCCAGAUGAACGGUAUCCACUUAUUGUGAAGAUCGAUCUGAGCCUCUUAUCAAGAAUACCAGGGAAGCCUUACAAGGACACAGACCCACCCAAAGUGGAAAAGAAAAACGUGCCAGAGAAGCAUGCAAGAGAGUCCCAAAAACCAGCCUCAGACAAAAAUUCCACCAAGGGCAAAAGGAAACAUAAGAAUGAUGAUGAAAACAGAGCCAGUGAAGGCAAGAAAACUAAACUGGAAGAAAAGUCUUCAUCAGGCCACAAGGCCUCCAGCAAUAGAGAGUCUUCAAAGCAAAGUGCAGGUAAAGAGAAGGAUCUGCUCCCUUCUCCUGUGGCCCCUGUCCUUCAGAAAGAUCCCAAACAAGAUCAUGGGUCCCGGAAGAGAACAGUCAGUCAAUCUUCUUCCUUAAAAUCAAGCAGCAACAGUAAUAAGGAGAGUAGCAGCAGCAAAAGUAACUCAUCUUCCAAACAAAAAAAGACAGAAGGGAAGGCUUCUAGCAAUGCCAGGGAAGUCAAGGAAAAGGUUCUAAACAGUUCAUCAAACUGCCCUCCUGCAUCUACCCCAGCUACAGACAGCUCAAAGUCCCGAAGAGCAAAGCUUGUUUUUGAUGACAGGAUGUACUCAGCCGAUCAUUAUUUACAAGAAGCAAAGAAGUUAAAGCACAAUGCAGAUGCAUUGUUUCAUUCUCUUCAGUCUGACAGGUUUGAGAAAGCUGUUUUCUAUCUUGAUGCUGUAGUGUCUUUCAUCGAAUGUGGGAAUGCAUUGGAGAAAAAUGCUCAGGAAUCCAAGUCCCCGUUCCCUAUGUAUUCAGAAACUGUGGAAUUAAUCAAAUACACUAUGAAACUGAAAAAUUAUUUGGCACCAGAUGCUACGGCUGCAGAUAAAAGGCUAGCAGUGCUUUGUCUUCGAUGCCAGUCCCUGUUAUAUCUAAGGCUUUUCAAACUGAAGAAGGAGAGUGCAUUGAAAUACUCUAAAACACUGACAGAACAUCUAAAGAAUUCCUAUAAUAACUCUCAAGCACCGUCACCUGGCAUGGGAAGCAAACCUGUUGGUAUGCCAUCUCCAGUCUCUCCGAAGCUGUCUCCAGGAAAUUCAGGGAAUUACUCUUCGGGGGCAACCAACCCUUCAGGGAGCAGUUCUUCUGUGACUAUUCCACAGAGAAUCCACCAGAUGGCAGCCAGCUAUGUCCAGGUUACAUCCAACUUUCUCUAUGCCACUGAAAUUUGGGACCAAGCUGAACAGCUUUCUAAAGAGCAAAGAGAGUUCUUUGCUGAACUGGAUAAAGUUAUGGGCCCUCUGAUCUUUAAUUCGAGCAUCAUGACAGACCUAGUGCGUUACACCCGACAGGGAUUACAUUGGUUGCGUCUGGAUGCUAAGUGAUAUCUUGAACUGAAGAAAUCAAAAGUAGAACACACUUUUCUUGCUGCCUCUGAUUUUCUCCACAACACUGUGUCAUGUCAAUAAGGAAGACUGCCAUAACACAUUGCUUAGUUGACACUAAAAGCAAGGAAUGCUUUCACGUCUCCCAUCCUCUUCUGUGUGUUUAACCCCAAACCACAUCAUGUUAAUGGACUUCUUCAGUAUUCUCAUUUUUAAGUUAUUUAAAUGUUUUAAAAUCGGCUACAUAUUAAGAUAUGGCUUCACUGCUCUGUAGUGGGAUUGGAAUUCCAGUCAAUAAUACAUAACUAAUCAGUUUUAAAUCCUAUUUAUUUUCAUUUGUUUUUAAAAAAUUUUUACAAAGCCCAGUUAUGGGCUCUUUUAAGACUUAGCUAUUUCUUCCUAUAAACUUACCCUAUCAAGUACUUAGCAGAGAUUAAAUGUAGACACUUUAUUUAAGUACUGCGUGAGCUUGUUACUCUGUAAUGUCUUGUGGUGGUAGAGCUUGUAAAACAAAAUAAGGGUUGAUAGGUUCUAAAGUGUAGGGACACAAGUUUUUCAUGCCUAAUGCCUAUGACUCAAAUCUUAAAUAAGUACAGUUUUAUUACAGAAUUUGUACUGAAUUUUAAGAAAAGUUCCAGAGAUAUUCUUCUACACAUUAAGAUAUUUCAUUUAAAUGAAAAUAUAAGAGAUGUAUAUGGAAAGAUAUUUAGUUAUGUCUAACUUGGGUUGUUUUUUCAAGACCAUUUCAGAACACUUGGUUAACACUAUAGCAAUCACAAAACAUUACAGUAAGCUUGCAUUUAAUGCAAUAUGGAAGUGGUGUGAGAAUGAGCUUCAGUCUCUGAUAGGUGCAUACUGGAAACGUUUCAUAAAUGGACAAUCUUGUGCUUUUUUUAUAUCUCUUUGUUUAAAAUAGGUUUUGUCUCCUUGUUUGUCAUUAUUUGACGCUUACUGAAGCAGCCAACUUAACAGUUGAAAGAACAGAUAAAUAAUUUCUAUUAGAACUGUUUGUAUCAUUUCCAUUGACUGGGAAACCAAAAAUCCUAAAAAGUGAUUUAAGAUCCAUCUUUUCCUUUUGGGUCUGCUAAUUGAUGGACACUAUCACUUGAUAAUGGCCAUUGUGGGGUGCAGAUCACAUCUUUCACAGUGACGUGAAACUGUUCUGAUGUAGAAUUUAUUUAAAACUUCUGUUUACCCCCAUGUUAAUGGAGGCCCCUGUUAAUGUUUUAGGGGAGCAGAAUAUUCACUUUAGAAGUAUGUUGGUGCAACAAGAAUCCUGCAUUGAGUUCCAAGUGGCUGCUUUUAAGAAGUUGUAAUCCAAAGUACCUUUCCACAUAAGGUUAUUGUCUGAGUAAAAGGUUAAAAAUUAUAUUCCUUUCAAUAUUGCUUAAUGCCCCUAUCAUGUCUGGUGUGCCUUAUGCCUUACUUUUAGAUGAAGAUUUUAUGAACUGUUUACAAGAUGAAGUUUUACAGCAGGACCAUUUAUACUGUAUGGAGUUGGUCUUCUGCAGUACUUUUGGUAAAAUUCCAUUUCUUUUUCAUCAGUCCUAGUGUGUGUCAUAGAAACUGACUUCCUGUUACAGUGGUCUCCUUUUAAAGAGUCAAACUCUGAACUCAUUUGAGUGAUAUUGUGGAAUGCUGCUUUGUUUUUUAUCUCCCAUUGCCCCCCUUAUUCUGUAUCAGAUGUGAACGUGCAUGUUCAGGAAAAUUAUUGCACUAAAUUUGUGUGUAGUUGUAGUUAAGUGCCAAAAUGAUGGCAACCUCAAAAGAAGGAAUAGAAUUCUACGCUACUUAGUACUGCAGUAUGUCCUACGGGCUUUAAGAGUUAAGAAGUUUUGCAAAUUAGUAACUUCACUAAACUGUAGCUGUAUAUUCAUAGAGCUUCCUUUGUGUUCCAACAUUAUUUGUACUUCCAGAAAAGUUUGCUACAUGCAAAUGGAGACAGUUAGUCAACCUAUGACUUUCCCCGUUAUACUUCAGCCUACAUUCAGGUCUGUUUGAGCACCCUUUUUAUUUGAAUCACUAUGUAAGUUAGUUUCUAUGUGUUCGCUGUUAGAGAUGGAACUUUCUCUCUCAAACUCUGCAUAUUGGUUAAUGGGACACUGUCAACUAUUUUUCCUUUGUAAUACUCUAAAGUGCCUAGCACACUUUUGACUCUCUAUAAAAAUACCUUCUUAGAAGCUGCAUUGUUUGUAUUUUUUUUUUAAUAGGGCUGCAGUAGCCAGCAUGGCUGUUUCUAGCUUGCUCCGUUAUGUACACCGUUACCAUUUCUGUAAGCAGGAAUGGUCUCAUCUCUGGGAAUAUUGUUUUUUCUUAACUAGAGUCUCAUCAGUAUCUUUGGGUGGUACAUUUUUCAAGAGACCAGUUUAGUGUAUCCCUUAGCUCCAGACCAAUGGAUUCUAAAUGUUUGUCUAAAGAAAUCUAGAAGACUCUUUACAGUCUGUCAAAAUGGGGACCUGAACUGACAGAGAGUCCUGCCUAAAUAGUAUACGUUCUGGUGAAAUCCUUCUGGAAUAUUGUCCCAGGUUUUUUAUCUAUGUAAGACAUAUGCAAUGGUCUUGUUAAAAACAAACUCACUCCUCCCUCGACUUAGGCCAUUUCAAACGGAUUAAACUCUGUUUGACAAUUCCAAAAGCAUAUCUAACUUGGGAUUUACCCAUUGCUUCAGGGAGAGAAUUUUAUUUUGCCUGAUAGAGUAGCUAAAACAAAAUGAAAAUAGUUCAUAAGCAUCCAUCUCUCUGCCAAAAUGCAGGCUAACAAAACCUGUCCUUUUUAACCUUUAAGCAGCAAUGUGGGAAAUACAUGUAAUUUGAGCGCUAAUGCAAGUUGCACUAGUGUCUUACCAUGAAGGAAUCCUUGACUCCUGGUACUAAGGAUUCCCUAUAUGAUUAUAUUUUAACACAUAUCAGUGUUGUAGUUUUUAUUCAUCCCUCCACAUUCUUCCCUCCCCCCAGUGGUGAACCUUUUUUUUUUUAAUUUUUUUUAUUUUUUUUUUUAAAUAAAAAGGCUUAAUAAUCAGACUAGGCUUGCUCAGACAUGAACGUUAUUUUGAAUUUGCUGUCAAAUUUUCAGGUUCCGAAAUGACAAGUUGCAUCAUUUAUAAUUUGUAAAUGAGCCUUCAGGACACCAGAACAAAAUAGCCCAUGAUUUAUUUUGAUUUGAAAUAUUGGCCGUAAAACAGAGCACAUUGGAUGGCUCUUUUUUUGUCUUUUGACGGCAGUAUGCAAUUUGUAUUGUAUGUGUCGUGUGUGUGUGUGUGUGUGUGUGUGUAUAUAUAUACAUACAUAUAUACAUGUAUGUGUGUAUAUGAAUAUAUAUACGUGUGUAUAUAUAUAUAUGAACUCAGUCUGUCCAAAGUAUAUGUUAUACUUGUUUUUAGAUUAUAGUGCAACUGAUUAUAUUGAUAUAUUAUUUAUUAAACUGAGUGCUGAAUCACCAUCUUACUGGUGAGGAAUCUUGAUAUUAUACAGGAGUGCAAUGUAUAUUCUUUUAGAUUGCUGAGGCUUGAUUGCUGUGAUUAAAAAACACACCCUAAAAUGUAUUUAUGAAUGACGCAACAUAUGGAGAGUCAGUACUUUAUGAAUAUAAUUUCGUACUUGCCUGGGGCAAGUGAAAUAAAUCCUUAGGCAUGCAACUGUGUAGUUUGCCAAACUAGUAGAAAAGAGACUACCUUUGCUUUAUUUAAUAUUUCGUUUACCUAGCAGAAAAAUGUACUGUCAUUGCAGCGUUUGUAUUAAAACAGUUACAAAAGGGCCUGAGCAAGUCAAGUUUGAAUUUAUCCAUUGGGGAGCAAGUAACUUCCAAAUCAUUGGUUAGUGCCCUAACAAAUAUUUCAUAAAUAUUUAGGUCGAGGAUUGAAUUACUUUAGGUCUAGUGAAUCAGUAUUAUGGAAAGCUGUAUGUUUCCAACAACAAAGCUAAUCUUAGAUAUCUUUAAACAAAGAGUCGCCAAAGCUUUUGCUAGCCAACUCUGUUAGACAAACACAGACUAUUCUAAGAGGACUGAUUUCCUGGAGAUGGAAGUACGUAAAGAAUCAUGUUGUCAAAUCGCAUUAUUUUUGAAGGAGUUUUACCUGUGAUGCCAUUUAAACAUAGCAGUGUUAGGAGGAAAGAGCAGGGGUAGCUAUAAAAAUAAAACUAUAUUCUUGUCUCAUUGUGAGCAUGCUAGAGCAAUGGGCCUGGCCAGUUCAUAGAACAGUCUUUGAGAAUGACAGCAUUAGCGCUUUCUCUAUUCCAAUAUUCAGCUGAGAUUAAAUUGAAUACACUAUGUUGAGCAGUUUGAAGUGCUGCUCUAGGAUAGUUUAUAUAGGCUGUCCUCAUAUAAACUUUUUUUACCUGCUUUAAUUACAUCUGGAAACUUAACAGAAAUGCAACCGUUCCAAUUGAUAUAACUCCAUAUUUAUUAAUGGAGUCCAUACCGGCAAAUUGGAAUGAAAUGUUCCCAGUCUUGAAUUUUUUAGAUAUAACCUUAGGAAAUCAUGCAGUUACGUACACAAGUAUUGUAGCCCAUAUUUGUUGGCUGCAUUGGCAUUAAAUAUCUGAAAGUUCAACUACAAGGACCAGACAUGACUUUUUCAAGCACAGUUACUGAUGUUUGUAUCUUGUCCCCCCUUUUAAAUGGUUUGAAGAAAUUUUGUAUAUGGAGGAUAAAGUGCUUAUAUAUUUAUUAAAGAUCCUUUAUCUUAUUUGAAAUUAUUAUUAUUUGGUGAAGAAGGGUUGUGUUUUCUUUUGAGGAGGGUUGGGUAGGGCAGGGGAAGGUAACUUUUAACCUAUCACUUCAAAGCCCUUGUUAAUCAUGCAGAAAGGUACUGUUAAUGACAGGAUGUCUCUAUCCUAUGCUUUGUACAUGACAAGUCCAUGUCUUACAUUUUGUUUCUAGGCAUCGGUCUUCAACCAAAACUUACAAAAGCAUAAAAAAAACCUGUGAUUUUAUUUGUUGCAAUACAUUUGAAAUUUCAAAGGGUACUUUGAGGCUCAAAAUUAGGAUUUCUAAGUCAGUAUGUGCAUUUCACGUAAUAAAGCUGUUAAUGGUGAGCAAAGUAUUAUAUACUAACUAGAUUUUUCCACAUCUGUAUAGUAUAUUCUAUGUAUUUUGUGGUAUUGAGAUUAUAGAAAGUUUAGUGUCUGAAACAUGCGUUUAAUGUGUAUUUUUAAACAAAUUUAUGGCAAUUAAAAUAUUUGGAGAAAAGGGUAUCACAUUUCAAUUUGUAAAGAUCUUUUUAACUACUGUGUCAUUAAAAUGCUUUGUACAAUGCAAAACUGUAACUGGAGAAACUAAGUUUAAUAAAUAUCAAAUAGAUUUUCUGUAUCAAACUUUA